AUGGAGCACCUCGUGCGCGACCCGGCUCUUCGGACUCGGGUGUACCACCUCAAGGCCGAAGGGAUGGCAUUUAAGGUCACGGUCGUGCUCCGUGCAAGAAGGGUGGAGAAGUGGAUCCGCGGCGUGAAGAGGGACUUCCUCGACGCCACAACGACCAAGUGUGUCGGCUUGGACUGCGAGUUCACUAACCCUCGCGUAGGUAAUCAGCGCGCCGCCGUCCUUCAACUCUUGGUGUCGUUCGAGACGUUGGUGUUCCAGAUUAUUCAUGCGGAUGAAGUGUCACAAGUGCUCAAGGAUUUCUUGCAGGACGGGAACAUCAGAUUCCGCGGCGCCGCUAUCGGCAAUGAUGUGGAAAUGCUAAGUCCAUAUGGCAUUCAUAUCACUUCUACGUACGACCUCCAGAAGGUAGUCCCAAACCCCACCACCAAGCCCACUCCAAGUCUAUAUGAUUUGGCAAACUAUAUCGCUGGGACAAACCUUGAGAAGAAGAAGAAGAUGGAUGUCGCAGCCAAAGGAGAUAUCGGGGCCAUGGCCAGCCCCAAGAUGAGCGUCAUAUGCAGCGCGUUCUACCCUGACAUGGAGAACAUGAUGAACCUUGGCGCCCUGCUCAUUUAG